AUAAACGGAGAGCGCCAUAUUUAAUUUAGAUGUAAACAAACCAGCAUGUGUUUAUGGCCCUGUCGAUACUGGCCCUGUCUAUGCAUUAUAGAAUUCCUGUCUUACCUGUGCCUUGUGACAGUACCCUUAUAUGGAGCGUUCACUGGUAUUGACGUCAUCCUUCGAUUUUCACUUCUUCUGUACAUCCACAGUGUAAUUGUCGAGUACAUACCAAGAUCACUGUUUUCUGUCGUCCCAUACCUCCAGUUGGGCCUCCUGGUGCUGCUGGCAUUCCUUCCCAUCAAUCUCACUCCGUGGCCAAUCGUGUGGCUGUAUGACAAGUUGAUAUGGGCAACAGAACCUCUGUUGCUACUAGCUGAGGUGGUGUUAGUACAAAACUUUGUGAUGCGAUGCAGCCAGAGGGUUGCAGAGAAGAUAGAAGACGAGGGAGAAGAAGAAGGGUUCAGGUGGAAGUGUCUUGUCAUAGGCAUCUCCAUGCUGUGCUAUGCUGUUGCUGUGAGCCUGCUGUGGAAUAUCUACAGUGAAGGAUCCUCUGUACAGCUGUGGUUGGUGUUUGUGGUACUUCUGCUGUUGGUGGCUGUGCACAACAUGAUGUGGAUGUCCCAGGAAGCUGAUGCUGCCUUCUGCAGUCUGUGUACGGAUUGUCCGGUUGUGGUGUUAUACGCCAUGCUGGAGGAGACGUCACACAUCCGAGCACCGCUGCAACCACCACCUUCAUGGAACAGAUACUACAGCAAGUCUCUGGCUGACAUCUUCAUCUCCAUUCUCAACAUGAGGGCAGAUACUGCAAUGAAGGCUGUGUUAUUCUUCAAGAAAUUCCUGUCACCAUUCUUCCUCCUCUCUGUCAUCAUCCGCCUUUACUGCAUCCUGUUCAUCGUCGACAAGGUUACCAAGAAUUUCACACAGGGAGACGAGAACAACGUCACCCUACUGGACGACAUUGAUGCUGACGAGUCCAUCAUGUCCAUGUCGCCAUGGAAAUCCCCCCUCAUCCUCCGGCUGUCUGUCAUCUACAUGUUCACCCAGCUGACGACCAUCUUCCUGUCAGAGUGCAGCGGUGGCUUCCUGUCUGGCUUGUCCUGGCUUGUUGGGCAACACAGCAUCUGGCCCACACAGAUCCUCCUGGGCCGCAUGUUCCAGGUGGCUGCCGUCAGCGGCUUCUACAUGUGGAGGCUUUACUGUGCCGACGACUGGACCUGGUCAGAGUGGCUGACCCCUUGAGUGACUGACUCCUUGAGUGGCUGACCCCAUGAUUUCUUUCCUAGUAUGUGAGCAAGUGGCUGACCAAUGUGUGGCUUUGAGUGAGUGAGUGAGUGAAUCUUAAUUGUUUUACUUUUAAUUUGAAUGUUUGGACCAAAAUUAUGUAAAUUUAACCGAUAAAAACCCAAAGACUCCUCAAAGGAUGAGUUUAAGAUUGUUAUGUCUCUAUGUACAUGUACAGAGGUCAAUAUGAUUUACCUCCUCAGACCCUAUAGUGGUUGUAGGAGCUAUCUAAGAUAAUGAUCUGGCUCAGUGUACUAACUGUAUGGUACAUUGAACUUGGAGUAGUUGACUUGCAGUAUUUGAUAUUGGUAUUUGAUACCUUUAAGCAGCAUUUCUUGUAAGUAGCACAAAGAUGAUUGCAGCUACAAUGAUAACUGACAGAUGUUCAACAGCUGUGGGGGGUGGGGGGUGUAGAUGCGCCCCCUCUGCCUAUGAAUACAGCGUUAUCGCCACUUUGUGAAACCGCCCCUGACUUCAAUGUUUUGGGGUUUAUGGUGGUUUAAACCUAAAAAAAAUGUGUGCAGAUUUUGUAAAUCCGAGUAAUCUGAUUCUGAAAGGAAUUCGUGUUUAGUUGUUUGUGAAAAUAUAUGCUCCGAGUGAUGAAGUGGAUGGCCUGUUGGUACCAUACUGGGUAACAGAGAAUAACGGAUUUGUGGUCGGAAUGACGGAAUGCGAAAUGUGUUGUAAAUCUGCCGGUAGAAUUAUAUCUGUAUGUUUUGUUGGUCUCGAAAGACCAUUUUCUGCAAUGGAUUUCAGUUUCCCAUGGAAAUGGGCAUUGGCUGGUGUAAACUGUUUGUCUCUUACAUUGUCAGUGUCUGCAAAUGACGUUUUUUGCCGAUCUUACAAGUUAAAGAGAAUGUGUGUGGUACUCGAUAGCUUGGUUGGGAGGUGUUUUUUUCCACAUCUUUGAGAAAUGUUCUUUGGUUGGGCUUCAGGCUUAAAAUUGCCAUAAUUUCGUGCCUAGAUUUUCAGGCAUAAUGGCUUUCAUGCUGAUGCGAUCAUAGUUGCAGUCUGGAAUUAAUACAAAUUAUAUUUAAGUGUGUAAAUUUACUAAAUUAUGCUUUACUAAAACUAUUUAUUUGUUUUAUUUCUUCAGUAAACAAAACUAUGCACACGGUACAUCAGUCUAACCCGAUGUACAUAUGAACUAGGUCAUUGAUCAGCUGAUGAAAAAAAGCACCCCAAAAAUAAUGCAUGGAGUUAUCUCCCUUGGACCACAGACCAUUUCCUUGAAUGUUCUGGAAUGACAGUUGGGCCAAGCAGACACGGUGAAGAUGAUAAACUACUUUUCCAGAAAUCAUUUUGAUAUAUAUUGCAUGUUGACUUUUCACUUUAUGAUAGGCACUAGAAAAUGUUAAAAACUGACCAGGCUGUACAUUGGUACAUUUUAACACUCCAUUUGGUCCGGAUGUAUUUUUUUUGUUGCUGUGGAAUGACGUCAGCGCCCUAGUCCUUUAGAUCAGUUUCAGUGAGUUUUCUGAAUCGUUUUUUCGGGUAGGGGUUGUAGUUUUGGUGGUUCAUGUUCGACUUCAUACCUCUGGAUGACGGCCAUUGUCUCCAGAUCAAACUCUUCGUCCAGAAAAAUAUCCAUAUUUGCCAAACACAGAAUAUCAUUUAAGACACCGGAAUUCGUGUCAAAACAGUCUCAAUGUAUCCAAAAUGAAAAUCGCCGUAGAUAAUAUUUGCAUCGGCCAUUGCUAAGCUGAAGCAGACGACUGACACUGUAAUCGGGCAAAUGCGUUUAGUUGUGAAAAAUACACUUGUUGUAUGUGAAUUAUGUGUUAAACAUAGAAUGAUUAUGCGUGUGACAUUAAUAAAAAGUCUGUUGAAGUUUUCAUUCAUCUAUUUGUAUUUGAGGCUAUGCAUGUCACGUACUUGAAACCAGGAAUGUGGAACACGUCCAGUUUGUUCGCUAGUGGACGUGGCUCAUGUUUUUUUUUGUUUAAUGGAAACAUAAACACAAAAUAUGUUGUGUUAACCAAUCACUUGCAAUUGCUUUAUUAAAAAUAUACUUCAACAUUUUUGUGUAUAUAGAGGUAUCAAAGUAAAACCGGUGCGCACACUGUGCAAAUACGCAUAGCACCUCAAAGUCACACUACCCUAUGACGUAAUUUGUCGAAUUUUGUUGCUUCAUCGAAAUAAUGCAUGUGACGUCAGCCAAGGGGUGGUACAUAUUAGGUGGGACCUGUCUCUCAUAUCGCAACAUUCGCAAUUUGACGACGCUCAAAGGGAGCCGGGAACCAGCUUUUAAAAGCGUAAUUAUUAUAAGGUCCCUUCAGUGAUGGAUCAACUCUACACGUAAUGUCUUGGAAUAAGCCAGGCCAUGUCAAGUGUCCAGUGUUUGUUUACUAGAUGUACCCUGCAGUGGCCCAAUCAUCACUAUGCACGCAUUGCUUGUUGUAUACCUUGUUCAAUGUUCACGUGUUUUAUUGGAGACGAGGCAGACGUGAUUGUUUCAGAAAGAUGUAGAUUCACGAUCUGCUCGUCAGACGGGCAUUACUGAAUGACGUGACGGAACAAUAAACCAUGUUUUUCAUAAGA